AUGGUGGGAACGUUUGAGGAUUCAACGAUUCUCGACCACGAUCAGAAUCAGGCGCAGACUUUGAGGAACGUACUAGGCUUUCCUGACGGAGGGGAGCGUUUGUUGUACCGAGGUAGUAGGGAUGGGUGGCUUUCUUCCAACUUUCACAAACAUUGUGAUAACAAAGGGCCAACAGUUACAUUGAUCAAGGUAGUGACCACUGGUGCAAAGUACAUAUUUGGAGGAUAUACUGACCAAAGUUGGGAUUGUAGGGGAUCAUACAAAACAUCCAAAGCCUCGUUCCUGUUCAGUCUUGUCAACGCGAUGGAUCUGCCACCACAAAAACUGCCUUUGAUACAUGGACAAGAAGAUCAUGCUAUCUAUUGUGCCAGGGACCAUGGACCAACAUUUGGCUAUGGAAUAAUAGAGAAAGAUGAAAUUGUUCAUGAUCUUAAAAUUUUCAAUAGAGGAAACGAGUUUCACUGUUCUACUUAUUUGGGUCAAUGUUACCAUGGUCCGCAACCGCCAAAUCCUAUGGGUUUUUUGGCAGGAGGUCAGAAUUCCAGGGUGAGCGAAAUAGAGGUUUAUGAGAUGAAGAAGUAA